GGCUGUGGAUGACCAAAACAUUCCAGGAAUGGACCGGGUGGACAGACUGGCUGAGUAUUUGGUAGAGCUGAGGACAAGCACAGGGUUAACACUGAGCAGGCAGCAGGUUGAUGACAUUGUGUGCUUGUGGCAGAGCCUGCUUCAAUAUGAUAAGCAGCGAGUGAAGUUUGCUGCCAGACACCAGGACAGGCUGACAACAGGGAGGUUCAGGUCUCCAAAAAAGAAGGCUGUUUUCACCCCUGGAGUGGACAGCCUGAAACGGAGUGUUUUGGCAUCUACAGCUUCACCUGCCCAAUGGCCAGACUGCUGUCGUCUCGUGGAGGCCAUUUUCAUCAGGCUCUGUUGCAUCCAUCGAAGUCCGAGGAAGAAAGAGAAGGUGACGCUGAGUCGCUGGUCUCUCGUUUUACAAGAUUACCGAAAGAUCCGGCAGCUGAUCCUGUCUAAUGGUGCCAUCAUGCAGGACACUACUCUCCAGCUGGUGGAGGUGAAUCAGACCACUCUGGUUCAGUGGCACAACGGCAGGGUUAAGAAGCAAGAUCAGAAUCUUCUGCUUCAGGGGAUCGAUCUGCCUGACCCUCUUGGUGUUGCUGCUGAGGCUCUCCCACCUGCCUGUGUCCGUGCUGUUGCUCCUCCCCAGGUCCAGGGAGAGCAACAUAUUUACAAACUGCCACAAACCACAGCUGGGCAAGCUAGAUUAAAAAGGCGCAUCACUAGCUAUACAACUGAGGCAGUCGUACCCAAGCUGACAACCCUGAGGCCAAUAAUUCCUCGGCCUGUUGGCAACCUUCAACCAGAACCUGUCCUUCCCAGCCCCAGCCCGACUGUCCCUCUUGCCUCCCACACUACCCCUACCUUCACACUGUUUGUUGUCCCCCAAAGCCCUCUUCCUAUAGCCCCAGCCACUCCCAGUUUUGUCCUUCCACCUCCUGCCACGGUCAGUCAAUCUCAACCCACCGUCCCUCGUCCAUACCACAGAAAGGUUGAGGCAAAUACCUGCAGGAAGUGUGGGCAGUUUAGGACUGCAGCGACCGGGCACAGCCAGUUUAGAGGGACUAUCUACUGCCCUGUCACAGAGACUCUUACAAAAGAACAGUGGCUUGAAAAAGUAAAAAAAAAGAAAUAG